AUGAAGACGUACGCUGAAAUUGAUGUCACCGAGACACCCAUUGUUGUCCUAGGGUGCGGUCACUUCUUCACUGGAGAGAGUCUCGACGGUCUGGUGGGUUUGAAUGAAGUUUACACCUCCGAUCAAUUUGGGCGGUUCACAGGGCUUCUGGAUACCUCUGGGGACCUGGCCACCAAGAUCCCCCAGUGCCCCGAUUGUCAAUGCCCGGUGAGACAGUACGUAACGCAGCGAUACAACCGGUUGAUCAACCGAGCCGUGAUCGAUGAGAUGUCUAAGCGAUUCCUUGUCAACGGAAAGAGGGAGUUGAGUGAACUUGAACUCAAGGUUGACAAACUCGAGAAUGAGUUGGAGACGUCCAUAUCUCAAGUCACGAACUCCAUGAGGGUUUACCGCGAAAGUGAAGGCAGACGAGCAUCGUUUCUACGCAACGUCGUUGAGAAGAAGAUUAUUAUUCGAUAUAAGAAAUCCCAUGAGCUGAAUACACAGAUCAGCCACUUCCUCCGAAAAGUCGCUCAUCGCUAUUCGCCCUCGCAUAAGCUUCAUGAGGCCACAGUUCACGCCAUCAACACUACGGCGAGCAAGUCGAAGUCAUUGGACGCAGCACUAGCGUCUCUAAGCAUUAGGGAACCUCUAAGUUCCAUUCCGCCUAUCGAGCGCGACCGCCGCAUUACGCUGGGAGGGCGAAUGGUCCAAAUAAAAGUAGAGUGUAUCGUUCUCGAAGACAAAUUCAGAGUUGCAGCGACCAUAAAUUCUACAAUAACCCGGUUGUCCGCCGAGAGUGGUUCUACUGCAGCAGCACACUUCACAAUCCCUGGCGGUUCGCCAAUGAAACUCACCCAGCCGUUCCUUCAGAUCUGCGCGAAAUUCAUCGAGGACUGCAACGCCGAAAACCUCCCCAAGCUCGCAGUCGAAGUUUCACUCUACUACGCCAGAGUAGCUCGACUUUACCGCGGUUCAGGUUUGUGUAACGACAACAAUAACGACAAAAAUGACAUCCGGACAGCCACUGAGUACGUCAACGAUGCGAAGGGUUUACUAGAAAAGGCGCUUGAGCUUUGCAAACAGCCUUUUGAGAACGCCGAGCAGUUGAAGAAGGCGGUCGAGGAGACUACCAAGUUUCUAGGAAAAGAAUGGUACGAAGCGGUCACGGCCGAAGAGUUCGCCACGAUCAAGCAGGCGAUGGUGAAUGGGUCCAGGGGCAUCGCGACGCAUUCGGGUCACUGGUAUAACUGUAGCAAUGGACACCCGGUGUGUAUUGCCAUUUUUCUUUUCUUUGUUCCUUUUUUCGCUUGUGGAAACACUAUUACUCUGUAG